AUGUUAUUUUUGUUUCAAAUAAUUUUUUGUUCAAAACAAAUAUUAGAUGAUCAUAAUGAACCAUCAGAUCUAAGAACAAAUAUAUCAAGUACUUCAAGAGCAUACGAAAAUAAAGGAUUAGGUGAGAAUGUAGAUAUACAACAAAAGAGUCAAGAAAAAAAAAGUGCAAAUUUAGCUGUAGAUUAUUAUUCCUCCAAAAGCUUUUCAUCUUCUAGUUCAAAUAUUGAGUUUAAUAAUAUUUUAACUGAAAAUAAAAAAGUGUUACAAGCACUUAAAGAUAAGUUUUUUUUAAAUAUAAGAGAACAAUCAUUUACAGAUCUUAUCCAUUUUAACUUAGACAAAAAUUCUAAAUAUCGUAACAUUCGCCGGUGCAUAAGAUUAUAUUCUGAAUGGUUUAAAACUUUUACAAAUGAAACUUUUGAACUUCUUAUGAAUGACAUUGUAACUCUUUAUCUGUCAGAAAAUACUAAAAAGUUUUUAGUUGAAUUGGUUGAAUUUCUUAGAGAAGUUGCACAGUUUAUUGUUAGCUUAAAAAAACAUUUUUAUCUACGAAAACACAAUAAGUAUAAUGUAAUUAGUAAUUUAACAUUAAUUGAAACUACAAUGAAUGAAAUAAUUUUAAAAUUUGACUCUAAAGAGAUUGAAAUUUUUUUGAAGCAAGCUAUAAAAAAAAAUGACAAUGCCAAGUUUUCUGAUUUAAAUGUUCAAAAAGUUUUAUCGGAGAUAUUGUACAACAUUGAGUGGUUUGAAAAUAAAUAUAAACAAUAUGUUUAUUAUAUUGUAAGAUUCAAAGAUUUUUUGAAGAAACUGUAA